AUGUCGAGCCGCGGCGUCACAUUAACCCUCAUCAUGAUCACUCUCUUCCUCUCUACAGCAUCUGGUGAUUCUCAUGACAAAUGUGUGUACACCAUUUACAUAAAAACAGGGUCACUCAUGAAGGCUGGUACAGACUCUAAGAUAAGCCUGAGCCUUGGAGACUUCUCGGGGAGCUCAGUAUGGGUGCCGGAUCUUGAGUCAUGGGGCCUAAUGAGCCCAUACCAUGAUUACUUUGAGCGUGGCAAUCUAGACGUAUUUAGUGUACGUGGUCGAUGCAUGGAUGGACCCGUUUGCAGGCUCAGCCUCACAUGCGAUGGGUCCGGGGCUCACCCGGGCUGGUACUGCGACCACGUGGAGGUCGCCGCCACGGGACCUGACACUGGAUGUUCGAAAUCCAUGUUUUAUGUUCAACAAUGGUUGUCUAGUGAUGUUCCUCCAUUUGAGCUCACUGCUAGUGUUGAUGCGUGUAAUCCCUGGAAUAUUAAUGCUGUUGCGGAUGAGCAGGAGAAAUGUGGGAAGUUUGUUGUGGUCAAUCCCGCAAGAUAUGAAUAA